AUGUCUGCCGAGCCAGGAAAAGAUAAGUCGAAAGUACAUAAGCUGUCACUAAAAGGAUCAUCGAAACUCGUAGCGGAAUUCUUUCAAUACUCCAUAAAUACGAUUCUUUUCCAACGAGGAGUUUACCCCGCCGAAGACUUCACAGCAGUCAAAAAGUAUGGCCUCACAAUGCUCGUGUCCUCCGACGACCAAGUCAAAGCAUACAUCAAGAAGAUAAUGUCACAAUUGGAUAAGUGGAUGGUUGGUGGCAAAAUAUCGAAACUUGUUGUAGUCAUAACAUCCAAAGACACUGGGGAAACUGUAGAACGCUGGCAAUUUGAUGUACAAAUAUUCUCAAGGCCAUCCAAAAAGAAAUCCUUUUCCAAAACCCCCGCAUCCGAAAACGCUGUUCCUCCCGCGGAAGACGUAGCGCCAGAGAAGACCGAAGCAGAGAUUCAAUCCGAGAUCCAAUCCAUUUUCCGCCAAAUCACAGCGUCAGUCACAUUCUUGCCAGAACUAGCUGGCGAUUGUACAUUCAAUGUACUUGUAUAUGCAGAUGCAGAUAGUGAUGUACCAAUGGAAUGGGGCGACAGCGAUGCGAAGGAGAUUAUCAAUGGAGAGAAGGUUCAGCUGAGAAGUUUCAGCACGGCUAGCCACAAAGUUGACACGCUUGUUAGCUAUCGGAUGGAUCGAUAA